CAGGCUCUCUCUACCGACACUGGUAACAGUGGGAUUGCGUCGUCCAUUCCGCCCCCAUUGAAGAUUCCUCCCUCGCGAGCCAGGAUGACCCUCGCUGCUCGCUUGGAGAAGAAGAAACAGGAAAAGGAAGCCGAGGGCGAUCCCGAUGCUGCGGACAAGGCUGCCGUCGAUGCUGCCAGCACGCUGCCGGAGGAGCCGCGUGAUGUUGGCCCUGGCGUGCUAACACUUGGCGAUGGAACAGCGCAAGAGGGGCUACAAUUGCAACCCACUGGACUGCGAGUGCUCGGAGUUGUGUCCGGCGCCGGCCAGCAUUCUGGACGUUUCUCGAAUGAUAGCGGCUCCGAUGAUUCGUCUGAGCUCGACGAGGACGAUGCUGGGCGCGAUCACACAUCUUCGAGGCCCGAGGGCGAUUAUGAAGACGAUGAUGGCGACCAGUUCGGCGGUCUCAUGAUGAAGCGCCGAACCAAGGGCCGCCGCCCGAGCACGACCGAGGCCAAGGAGCGCAAGCCGUUAGACGAUGAUGACGACGAUGAGAAGCUCGAUGCUGCUAUUGGCAGCCGGUAUGCUCUCCACAGUAACGAGGGACCCUUCGCGGACAACCCGGAGGAUGAUGAUGACGACGAUAGCAGCGAUGACGGCAUCGUGGAGAUUCGGACACGGCGAACGAGUUAACGGAUAUUAUUUCGCAUUCACGAACUUCGAUUGAGACCACGACUAUGAAAUGGAUUAUGGGAAUAGACAGGUGGGACGAGGGGAAGUCCUCGAGGCGUUUUCGUGUUUCCAACAAUACCACAUACUUAGGUGACUUCUGAAUCGCCAUUCCACACUUUCAAUCCCUAUGUUGAUCAAGAACGAGCGUAUUGAUAUUAUAAUCUGUGCCGACCGGGAAAUGAUGUAUCACAUUCCGACUAGUAAAUGAGCGCCCUUCGG